UAUCAAUCCCCUCCUCUUUCUUUAGUGACCAUGCGUAGUCAUGACGUUUAAUUCGCGCGACAGUGUUUCCCAUGUGCUAAGCUUGUGUUGUUGACAAACAUGACUACGGCUCUUAUAACUGCACUAAGCGUCCUUACCAAACCUAUUUCAGAGGCCCAUUGGAGAGGCCCACAAACAACCCAACAGGAAGUGCUUGUGUCUGCUCUCAAGAGGAAUCUGGCAGACCUAAAGCGAAUGUUAGAUGACAGAGAGCUGGAGGAGGCCUGUCGUUUACUAGAGAAAGUUAGGAGUGAGACACAAUGGUUCUGUGUUCACACUGAGGACCCAACAUGGAGCUUUGUACAGGAAUGCCUGCUCUUGCUGCUCUGCUUGGCACGUCAUCUCACCAGGCUGGUAGAGGCUUUUAACCGGGACUCAAGUACUGCUGUUCCAAACCCCCGUGCUUCAGAGGCAGCACCACCAUUACCUCCAGAUGUCCUUAGUGUAGCUCAACAGAAGACCCUAGGCACUGUGCUACAGUUUCUUGUUACCCUGGGCCUGUGUCCAUACUUGGUACCUGGGGUGGGGGUGAGUCUGGCGCUGCGCUCUGUGUUUGGGGUUGCUGUGGAGCAUGCAGUGCGUCGCGAUGUGGCCCCACCGUGUGAACGCAGACUUCUUAUAACCACUACUGUUUUUCUUGAAGUGGCUGCUCUGUCGUCCCUGGCUACUCUGGUCUUUACUCGCCACCUGGGUGACCUGAUGUCAGCGCUAUGCCAGUUAGGGUAUCAGCCUCAUCGGCCUGAAGGAGACAGUGUAGAGAAUAAUAAGGGCCUCACAGUGGAAGAGAGGAAGACGUGCAAACAAGAGCUUAAGAGUCUUUUGGGAAGAGUUUAUCAGCCACUUGUUAUCAAGGAACUAUUGGUUCUUCAAGGGGGCCUCAAGGCAGUUCCCAGCUCCAGGCUGUCUCAGGCGCCAGCCUGGUUGAGGCGUCUUUGUGGCCAGUUGCUCUCUGAGAGGUUGAUGCAGCCACAUGGGGUCCAAGCUGUGGUCAGGGCCAUCCUGGAGGGAUCGGAAGGUGGAGACUCCGAUUGGAGAAAAUGUGAUGCUAUAGCCAAGAUACUGGCGACUUGCCCCCAACAGUCGCUCUCUACUGAGAGUUAUUACAGUCAAGUGUGUCCACAGGUUCUAGGUCUUCUCCAUUUUAAGGAUAAGGUAACUGCACUGCAGUUCCAGCGAGUUGCCACCAAGGUGGUGCUUACCAUGGUGGAGGGUCAGCCUGAGUUUGCCCAGCGCUUCUUACUGUCUCCUCUCCUCUUUCCCCUACAGCAGUGUGCAUCAGUCCCAGAAGCAGCAUGGAUUAGACGAGAAGAUGUAGUACCUGAGUCUGAGCUGACUUGUUGUGUGGAGGAUGUGUAUAAAAUCUAUGUGGUGGGUAACAGCCCAACAGGAAAGCUGCUAAACGCUCUUGGGGAAGUAAUUCCCACAAUCGUCAGCCUGUAUUGUUAUACCAACCAAAAUGUCUCUCACCUACGCACCCCAUGUCAGGAGAUCUUGCAGUGGUACCUGUCUCAUGUGGAGCCAUCAGCAGCAGUUUUACAGCUCAAACACCUGUGUGUCAUGCAGGGAGGUGGAGCUAGAGGUGGAGUUGCACCUGGCUACCAUUUUUCACCUGGCAGCGAAGGAGGUGUCAGGCUCACACGAAAAGACCCAGUCAGUGAUGAGGAUGAUGCUCUGUAUGAGAAAGUCUCAGGGGAUCAGUGGAAAGUAGAGUGUGUUGUGCAGCUCUUGGCUCAAAUGAAGGACACGGAUCUGCCUGGAGAAUUCUUGCUCUCGCUCCUGCAGGAUCUGACAGACUUGGCAGCAGAGCAGCAGGAGCCUGAGAAGGAUGUAGACACUUCUUCUAUGAUGUUGCUGGAGCUGGAGAAACACCUCACAAGGUGUGUGAGUGGCUAUGAUCAGAGGCUGGCUCUCCUACAGACUCUAGCUGUCAUGUGUGAGAUUCUGCCACACACCCAGCUACUACGUAAGGUUACACAGGUGGUGAGCUUCAUAGAGGCCAUGCUACAGAGGGCAUGUCUGGGUCUGGAACAUGGCUCAGAGAGCUCAGUUGAGAGUCAGACUCUAAGUAUGGGAAUGGGGCUGGUGGCCACUCUGCUGUCUGGAGCUGCACAGAUAACUCCGGAGGACUACUCCUCUAUGGCCAGGCUGCUGUCACCUCUGAAGCAGAUUUCACAGCAACAUCCAGAGACGGUGAUCCAGGAGCUGGCAUCAGAUCUGCGGGCUACAAUAGCUACACGAGGAGCUUAUCAUUCAGACUCCGUGACUAAUGCUGCACAAUGCUACAGCCAUAGUGGUUAUGCUCAAACAAAGAAUCAAGGGACAAGCCAGACCAAAGGAAAUCCUGUCAAACCUAGUGGAGCCUCAGACAGCCCAAAAGCUCAUGUUAGUCAGAACAUUGAGAUGCUGAAGCAUGUCGGUCAACAGUCACUUACAGUUCCAUCUACCUGCUGUUCAGUCAGUGCACAAUCCACUGCUUCAGUGCCAUCACAUUUUCAAAAAAUUGAAAAGAAUUUAAAAUCAUUUAGACCGAAGUCUGCUGCCAGCAAUCCAGAAAAGGUCUUUUCUGAGUGGCUGAUGGAGGCCUGUGACCCUGAUGUACCCACACGGGCCAUGGCUCUGCGGGCACUCACACAGUGUGUAAAAGAGGGAACCAAGGAGGCAUUACUAGCCCGAGACAAGCUUCUAAUGAUAUUUUUGGAGAACCUGGAGCAUGAAGACUCAUUUGUGUACCUUUCUGCCAUUCAAGGCCUGGUCCUCUUGGCUGACUCAUUUCCUGAGCAGAUCCUGCAGCGGCUGUUGGUAGAAUAUCAGGCCACUCCAAAUGCAGCUUCCUCCAGCAGGGGGCAAUGCCUGGAGACACGCCUCAAGGUGGGGGAGGCACUGAUGCGGGCUAGUAGAUCAAUGGGUGACCUUGCACCACACUAUGGCCUCCCACUGAUUGGGGCUUUUUUGAGAGGCACACGAGACGAGGACAGCAGCGUUCGUGCCAGCUGUCUCUCCAACCUGGGGGAGCUGUGUCAGCGCUUACAUUUCUCCCUCGGCCCACUGGCACAGGAGUUGAGCAUGUGCCUCACGUCGCUGAUAAAGACAGAAAAAGAGGCAGAAGUGCGGAGAGCUGCAGUCCACGUCAUUGCUUUAUUACUGAGGGGCCUUAGUGAUAAAUCCACUCAGGUUCUAGGAGAUGUUCUUUUGGAGCUGUAUCGGGCGUUGAAGUGGGUGGUGCGUUCUGACUUGGAUGAGGUUGCUGUACUACAUGCUCAACUGGCCCUAGAAGAACUUGAUGAUGUCAUGAGGAAAUUUAUUUUCCCUCAGCAGAAACUGGAGAAGAUGAUUGUGGUUUUGCCCUGACUCCAGAGACCUACACAUGUUUUAUUGGACAUAAAUUGGUUAAAAUAAGUCUUUCUAAUAACACUUUCUGACGUUUUGGUGCCUGACAAAGUAGUAUUCAGGUUUUUAUGUUCAGUCUCAGAGGUCAGUGGGAUGACUGAGUAAAUUAAAGAAAAGCAAAUGAC